AUGUCUGAGACGGCUCGUCUAAUCGGUAUGCUCAAGGCCUCUGCAGCUCAGCGUAUUCCAUACGCCCAGCCCCUCGAUCUCAACCUCCUCGAAGAUCCGGCCUUUAUCUCCAUCAAGACAGGCCAUACCACCUACAAGGGCGUCACCCAAGCCCCAAACACAUUCUCUGAGGCCCUUCACUCCAUCGCUGACGGCCAGCCUCUUCCUCCGCCACCCAACGCCCCUUUCGGCAAGGAGUUCCUACCUCGUCUCGACUUCGUCAUUACCACUCUCAACAACCACACAGUUCGAACCAUCUCCAAAACCAAAAUGGCCGGUCGUCUUCCCGCUCUGUCCACAUCGGACCUCCCUUCAGCCAGCCCAUCUGAAGCAUCAGCAACCGCCUCACCAGCUCGCGGCUCUGCAAUGCUGAACUCAAUUUUCAAAUCGGUUCGCGUUCCCGAAUUCAAGUAUCGCUGGCAAUUCUGGGCCGAAAAGGGCCAGCAGCAACCGCCUCCGAAAACCUCAUCGACCACCGCCGGAGCUGAAGAGUACGCCAACCGACCGAAGCCGCUUGGCGAGCAGAUCAUCAGCGUCAAGGACUUCUACCAGCACUUCAACAACAUCCCCGUUGAGAGCCUGAAGCUGAGGGACAGCAUCCACCUGUUUCACCUUGGUGUCAAGCCGCUUUGGGAGGACCCGCGCAACACGCGUGGCGGCGCUUGGUACUUCCGCAUAGGCAAGGAGCAAGCGUCGCAGUUCUGGCAUGAGAUCUGCCUUCUUGCAGUGGGAGAUGUGCUCCAGGGUGCUGUGGAGACAAAGCGAGCUUCCUUCAACGACGACAUUUGCGGCGUCUCGUACUCUGUCCGCUGGAACGCCGUGCAGAUCGCUAUCUGGACCCGCGACGCUGAUAACGAGGCUGGAAAGGAGAAGUUACUUCAGACCAUCCUGGAGAAGCUGAGUCCUGAGCUGGAGCCGAAGAAGGACAGCUACUGGUACAAGGCGCACAAGGAGCACAAGGGGUUCGCUGCACCGGAGUAG